UUUACACUGUAUUUGUUGUUGUAUUUUUAUGAUCUGUUAUCCGUGCGGACUGCAUGUAUUAUUAGUCAUGUCUUCCAGUCAUACGAAAGACUCCAGUUUCCUUGGAGGCAGGAUACCUCCAGAAAUCGAAUCAAUGUCAAAAUACCUAAAGGAUGUGGACCAGGAGCUGUUCAGAAAAAUACUCAAAGCUGUGGUCAGUGCCCUGGAAGGGAAGGACUGCAGAGAGGUGAUGAGGUCGAUAGCAGAAAGCAGUGCCGUCCCAGAGGAGAAGCUCAGCCACAUCGUAGCCGGGAUGUACCGAGUGCUGACUGAAGCUGUCCACAUCCCCUCAGCAUCCCUCAAACAGGAGGCCUUUAAAGAAGAUCUCAGAGAACUGAGGAUACCUGAAGACUUCAUCACAGAUUUCGCCAGUGUGGUGUUUGGAAAUCGCCGUGCAGCUCUGGAGACAGCAGCCGCCCAGCACGAUCCUCAUUUGCCCACGAUAGAAGACUUCAGAUGGAGAGUGGAUGUUGCCAUCUCUACCAGCUCUUUAGCCAGAGCCCUUCAGCCUUCUGUUCUGAUGCAGAUGAAACUAUCAGACGGGAGUCUUCAGCGCUUUGAGGUGCCCGUGUCUAAAUUCCAGGAGCUUCGCUACAACGUGGCUCUGAUCCUCAAGGAGAUGAAUGACCUGGAGAAAAGGAGCAUUCUCAAGAUUCAAGAUUGAUAUGUCACUUUGGCCAUUCAUGAAAUUAGGUUGUUCUUUUCACUCUACUUGGGUUUUACAGUACACCAGGUACUUUAAAGGGGAAUACUGUUCAUUUUAAGAAUUCAAAUAUCAAGCUUACAUGCCCAAGGACUGAAUAAUUUCAAUCCAAGGGCCUUUAUGCCUGUCAGAAUUAAGAGGCAUAAAGACCAGGCCAGAUGGUACCCGGUUAUCUGCACUCCUCAAGCACCCAACUUGUAUAUCUACAGGAAGCCAAUAUCUGAUUUCUGAGAAACAGCAGUCUUGCUCUUUAAGCCUCUGCACGCUCAAACCACCUCCUCAUACACGAGGACUCCUCUACAGUUUUUACCGUGGUCUUCUCCAUGUGGGAUUUAAUCAGCUUUCGCCCAGUUGUGACGGUUCCACCUAGUUUGAGGAUCUACGUGAAAACCACAUCAAGUUUUGGAGUUGUUUGAUGUACAAAAAAAAUAUUGCAGUGGUAGCAUCAUUUUUCAAUCUGAACAAAUUGCAUGUGUGCUGAUGUAAACAUGGCUUCAACAAACUGAGGUCCGCCUUACAGAAACAAAGAUUGUGCUUAUUGGGAAAAAAAAAAAAUCUCAUAUACCAUUUCAGACCACACACUGAUCUAUCCAUGUGCCAGAUUAAUCUGAGUGUGGU